GCAUUUCCCAGGCGGCCUCGCGCGCCACCGGAAGUGCUGUGAGCCUAUAAGAGCGGGAGGCGGCGCCGGGCGCUGCACUGCCAGCUGAACCGGGCUUGCCGGGGAGUCGGACCUCUACCUUCCAGGACACUGGGGAGUGGCGGUUCUGGUGUUGGGCUGAGAGGCGAGUUUCGGAGUACCCGGCCCCGUGGCGUCCCAAUGUGGUUAGGGGAAGGAGGGCUCUCCUGUGUAUUAUGAGCAAAGCAGUUUUAAGUUUCCUGCCUUCUAUCAGGAAAGUGUCAUCAUUGUGUCAGAGAGCAAUGAAAACAAGUCCUGCAAACGUUAAGUGUUUUGCUUAAGGUGCGCAGUUUGUAAGAAUCAGAGGCCAUCCAUCCCUCUGUCGUCAGCCUACUGCUGGGUCUAAAGGAGUUCUUAAUCAGAAUGGCUUCAGGACAGUUUUACCUGUCCUGCCUUGUGCUGGGAUCCCUGGGCUCAAUGUGCAUCCUCUUCACUGUCUAUUGGAUGCAGUACUGGCGUGGUGGCUUUGCCUGGGAUGGCAGCAUACACAUGUUCAACUGGCACCCAGUGCUCAUGGUGUCUGGCAUGGUGGUACUCUAUGGAGCUGCAUCGUUGGUGUACCGCCUGCCUCAGUCAUGGGUGGGACCCAAGCUGCCCUGGAAACUCCUCCAUGCGGCCCUGCACCUGAUGGCCUUUAUCCUCACUGUUGUGGGGCUGGUUGCUGUCUUUCAAUUUCACAGCCACUCAAAUAUCGCCCACCUCUACUCCCUGCACAGCUGGCUGGGUAUCACCACCGUCAUUCUCUUCGCCUGCCAGUGGUCCCUGGGCUUUGCCAUCUUCCUCCUGCCCUGGGCAUCCCUGUGGCUGCGCAGCCUCCUGAAACCGAUCCACGUCUUCUUUGGAGCUGCCAUCCUUUGUCUGUCUGUUGCAUCUGUCAUUUCCGGCAUUAAUGAGAAGCUUUUCUUCAGUUUGAAAAAUGCCACCAAGCCAUAUGCCAGCCUGCCCAGUGAGGCUGUCUUUGCCAAUUGCACUGGGCUGCUGGUGGUGGCCUUUGGGCUGCUGGUUCUCUACGUCCUUCUGGCUUCAUCCUGGAAACGCCCAGAACCAGGGAUCCUGACUGACAGACAGCCCUUGUUGCAUGACGGGGAGUGAGCCGGGGUGUCCCAGGAACAGUCAGCAGUUGAUCUGUCCUCGCUUCAGAAGCUCUGCUCCACCUGAGCUCCCGGCUGGUCUCAGCAACAGACUUUCUUUGGGACCUGGGUUCAAACUUCUCUUUGCCUUGGUGUCAGGCCUGCUGUCUCCAGCCACUCACUGCCCAUUUGCUUUUCUUGGUGGCUUUGGCUUCUCGGCGUUGACUUCAGGGCCUGCGUUUGCACAAGCCCUCCUUACCCCAGCCACUCCUGCUGUGUCUGCAGAAGUCCAGCUGGUUUCCCCUUUAAACUGUUAGGGAUGUGGCAGAAAAUCCCAACAGCUUGGAAAAACUGGGACUUAACUGCAGCCCUAAAGUGGGCCUUGAGGAAGGUCCGGCUUUCCCGUUGAAGGCAUGCAUUUCAGUCAGGCCACCCACCAGAGAGCCGGCUUUAUCUGCUGUCACCCAUCCAGCCCUGGCCAGGUGUGCACCUGGUGGAGGGUGACCGAAGAAGCAGAUCUGUGGAGAAGCCUGAGGGAGGGGGGUGUUGGUUGCUCUGAGAUAGUCUGUGUGGUAUUUUGACCCUAUGGCUCCACCUCUUCUAGCUGCUGCUCCAGCUGGGGCCUGGAUCUCGCCCUUCUCCUGUGACUUACAUGCCUGUCUCCACCAGGCAGCCCCACGAGCCCUGGUAACCUGCUGUCCCAAGAACAGACUACCUGUCACUCAGAAUCCUAAGAGUGAUGAGUAGCAGAGAUUUCCUGGCCCCCUUUUCCUCCCUUGUUGGCAGGCCCAGCCUGUUCUCCUGGCAGGGCCCCAGCCCAGCUGAUUCUCCCCUCCAGCUCACCAUGAAGCGGGCCAGCAUGGCACAGCACUGUGCCCAGCAGUGCCCCAGAGCCAUCACCACCUUUGGAGGAGAUUCUUGCUAAAUACCAGGUGCUCCUGCUCCAGUGGUGCUUGCCCAGGUAGACCUAGCCUCCUGUGGCAUGCUGCAGCCCAAGCUUUGCUCUUCUGAGGAGAAAGUGGGUGGAGAGGUGCUGGCAUGUGGCUCUUCUUGGAUCUCCAAAUAAGCCCUGCAGGUCCCAGGCUCCAGACUUCUGUGCUUAGUAGAUAAGGAUGAGGCUUGGGGUUUGCAGCCCUGUGCUCCCUGGCAGGUAGCCACCAGGUUGUUUACCCCAGUCUCCAUUGCCAGAUGUUGGCAGAAGGCUUGUGACUGGACUUCCUGGUUGGAUGAAAACUUCAGUGCUGCUGGGAUGACUGCCAGGCUCCUGGGUCAUGAGCAGUUCCCUGUCUCCAUAUGAGUGGGCAUUUUACUUGUUAUUGAAGCUUGAUUUCCAUUAAAUGUUUUUAAGAAUCAAAGUUCA